AUGAGUCAAGCUCGUGAACGUGUAAUUUAUAACAUCACGCUUCAGUCGGAAGAAGAUGAAGAAGUGAAAGUUAUCGACAGUUCCAGUAUGGAUGAGAUGAGUCGUAAACGAAAGAUUUGUUGCGGUUUAUCAUCAUGUUGUGGAAGGACACGAUCGGAAAGUGCACAAAUGAUCGCCGGAAAAUCAUCAACACAACCGCUAACUAUGAAUCAAAAGUGUCUUAAUUGCUGCUGUUGGCCGUUCAGGAAAAUGGGAAAUCCUUUUAAGCGACGAAAAGUUGACGGAAUGGAGGUCAUGAAAAGCAAGAAAGAAAAUUCAAAGCCUUCAAUGUGGGAGCGAAUAUGCUGUUGUAGUGGAUGUUGUAGACGUUGUAGGAAAAACGAAAACGAAGAAAGUAUGAAGAAAAAGAAAGUCGCUCAGCAAAAGGCAACGGCUGGUGAUAGUGAGAAAACAAGCUGUUGGAGUCGAAUGAAUUGCUUCAAAUCUUGUAAACCUUGCUGUAGUCGAAUGAGAGAAUCUUGUUGUUGCUCAAGUUGCUGUAGAAAAAAAGAUUCGUCUUCAACUGAUUCACUUCAAUCUCAAGGCCCUAAGAUUAAAGACAACGCAACACCAGGCACUUGUACCAGAAUCUUCUGCUUUUGUUGUUUGUGUUGUAGGAAGAAACCAGAAGGUGGUGAAAUGAAGGAAGAAAAAAAGCGAAUAAGUAUGACAAGUCAACGAAGUAUGAAAAAAGGUAACUGUUGUUCACGGAUGUGUAACGCCAUGAUAUGUUGUCGAAAGAAGAAGAAGCCAAGUAGCAGACGAACAAGUAUGCUGAGUAAGAAGCAAAGUCUUGCUCCGACGAUUCCACCACCAGAGGAUUUGAAACCGAAACUUGACAUGGGUCUUGUUGAACAUGCUUCGUUGAUGAAAGGAGCCAUUCCAGUUCUCCCCAUUUGUCUUGCAUAUUUCUGUCUUAUUUGUAACAUUAUAGCUCCGGGAACAGGUACAAUCUUCAGUGGAUUCUUUUGUCUUUGCAUUGGAAUUCCAAGAUUCUCUCAGCACGAUGGUGCUCGAGGUCGCAUCGGUUCAUUCAUCAUUAAUUCAAUUGUUGGCGUUUCACAAGCUUUCACAAUUAUUUUCUGUCUCGUUGGUUGGGGGUGGUCUAUAUGGUGGGGAACAAUCAUGUUGACAUUAGCACGACGACACCGAAAGAUUAAAAAAGCUGAAAGACAAAAGGAAUUGGAUGAACAAUCAGGAAAAAGUUCACUGCCAGGACUUGCACGUGGAAAAUCAAGAGAUAUUGAAAAAGGAAUCAAUUAAUUAAUAUUUAUUUCGUGUUAAAUUGAUUGAUUGAAAAUGAAAAAUAAAAAUAAAGAAAUUUUCCAGCAUAAUCUACUCUUGUUGAUCAUCUUCACUUCCAACCAUUUUUUUCACAACUUCCACAGCUUUUUCGAGUUUCAGGCCUUCAAUUGUGUAGAGUAGAUUGUCGAGAUUGGCAUCAUCAUCUUCUUCCAUCCAGCUUGAAAGCAUUUUCACACACGGUUCCUUUUCUUUAGAUGCGUAGAAUUCGAGAACGUCUGACGUGUACCCUAACUUAACUCCGAGCUUCUUCCAAUCGUCGCCAAGUGCUUUCGAAAUCUCAACAAUUUGUUCAGGCGUAGCUGUUGUUGUCUUAUGAAUAUUUUCAUCAGCAACUUCACCAUCUUCGAUUCCAUCACCAGCAUCUUCAGUGAAAUGUUCCGCUUGUUCUUGUUCAAUUUGAAGUUCUGUGUUGUUAUUUGCUUCCAAUUUAGCUUCCAUCUCGCCUUUGUCGUGAGACUAAACGCAAUGCUCGCCAUUCAUAUGUUGGAUCGUUUUUCUCUUUUGGAUUGUCCAAAUAAGAUUCUAAAGAUGGAAGGAAGUUACGAUCGGAUCCUUUACAAGCUUGAAGAUUGUCAGGACAUAAAUUCCAUAAGCGUGUCAGUUCACUGUUCCCGAGAUCGAAUUUUCCAACUUUUGUGGCCUCAGCAAUUGUGUCGCCAAGAUAUUUUCUCUUAUUUGUCGUUGCUGGUUCACUUCCAGCUUUCGGUUCACUCCCCACAGGUCGUUGGAUUUCCUUACAACUUUC